CCUUGAGAUCCUAACUCCACUGAUUUAUCACCAUAUCUCUUUGUGGUGCGCCUGCCGAUUAACAAAACCAGUAGUGCUUUUUUAAUCUGCUAGGUUCAAUGCUACUGAGUUAGUAUGGACACGCCAGUGACAUCCACUCCAAAUUCCGAGGACGAGACGCCGGAAGGCCGGAGUCGUAAACGCACUGCUAAGGCAAAGGCGUGUGAUUCUUGUUAUAAAAGAAAGAUAAAAUGUGACACCAACGCCCUGCAAUGCAACUGGUGCAAGCAUCACAAUCUUCAAUGCACUUUCGACAGAAUUCCUCCAGCAAACCGGAAGAAAAAGAUUCGAGAUGGAUAUAGUAGGGACACAGAGUUGGCCGAACGCAUCGAAAGGAUUGAGAAUCUCCUCAGUCAAAAGUUAGGGUCUGAAGAAUCUAGACGCGAUACCAACAAAAGCCCCUCUGCCAUUACAAAAAUUGGCACAAGAAUUACGCCAAGAUUCUCUUCAUCUUUAGGAAACCUGCAUUUUGCUGGAUUCAAGCUUAGAGAGAUCAGUUCGUACAAUAGCAUCCCCUUGUUCUUGCCGGAGGGCCAGCAAUGGAUCAAAUCACGCACAGGCCAGACAGUUGCGUUAGAGAAAUUCUACGCAUUUGGACCACCGUGGCAGAACCAGCGCAGCCUUCAUAUGAACUCGGUCCCUAGGGACAUGCAAUUCCUGCAGGACAGCGUCCACCUUCCUGACAGAGAGAUCGUUGAAGAAUUAGCCCUGGAAUACAGCUCACACAUUUUGUCCCUUGUGUUCCCUACUAUCGAUAAAGUCUUGUUUAAAGAUACAAUAAAUCUUGCCUACCAGCAAGGAAGUUUGCAGCCUACCGGGAAUGCCAGCGCAAAGGCAUGCAUCUAUGCAUUUCUCGCCUUUGUAUCCAUAUUCAACGUUCAUAGUGGUGGAAGUAGCACAGGGCUACCGCUAGACAGCGAGGCAUAUGCUUGGAAGGCUCAAAGCUUAGCCGCCCCGGCUCUUCAAGACAUAACAACAGACUUGCUGCAAACAGCUAUAAUGCUAUCAAUAUACCAACUCUUUGGUGGCAAUCAGCAAUCUGCAGCCGUCAUGAAUUCGAUAGCUGCUCGUUUUGCCUUCAUGCUGGGUGCUCAUACUUUACAUGAUCCAACUAUUGCUAGUCAAACGUCGUCUUCCGCUGAAAUUGUAUCCCGAACCAAAAAUCAUCGUCGGAAUUUGUUUUGGCUUUGUUAUACGUUUGACAAGGAACUAUCUCUGCGAACUGGACAGCCUCCAUCGAUGAACGACGAACACUGCGACCUUACCCUUCCUCCAGGUUAUUUAGAUCGACUAUACGCAAAUCAAUAUUCCAACUCUUCCUCUCGUGAUAUCCCCUUAUUCCCGGGCGAUCUGCGUUUGACCAUGAUCAAAUCAAGAGCGUACAACUCUCUCUAUUCAGCCCGAGCUCUACAAAAAUCCGAUGCCGAACUUUUAAGAGACAUACGAGAACUCGACAACGACCUAGAGAGAUGGAGAAUAUCAUUACCUCUGGGGUUUAGGCCUACUAUAUCAUUUUCACACGACACACCGGCCGAUAGUGAGAUGGACAUGCAAGUUGUGGUAUCGCGGCUGGCCUACCAUCACUGCGUGGCUAUAAUACAUGAAGCUAGCGGUCGAUGCAAGGCCUGGGCUGAUGGUCAGAGUAGUGUCAUGGAAGGAGUGAGUUCAAGUCUCGAAUUAGCAGUAGAAGCGAGUCGAUCAUCGAUUUUAUACCUACAUACGGCGCAGCAUGUUCUCGAAGAUGAUUGUUUCUGGAUGAUUCUUUUCUAUCCAAUGUCGGCUCUAUUGACAAUAUUUUGCAAUAUCCUUCUAAACCCUCUAGACCCGCAGGCAGCUCAAGAUUUAGAGUUGAUCAGCAAGGCACCUGAUUUGAUUAAGGGAAUGCCUAUCCGUCAACCCACCAUGGAUGAGCUCUUCCAUAUUAAUCUUGUAGAUGAGUUCAUUGCGGAGUUAAGAAGGCUGGGAAAGUGCGCUAUUAGCAAAGCUAAACAGGAGAAUCUCGAUCAUAAUAAUUAGGUGUGUAAUGGUAUACAGGUUAUAGAACCCAACGCGUCAUCAGAUUUUGAUAGUUAGUAUAAACUAUGGCUUUCUAGCCUCAAAAUGGAAAUAUACAGGUAAGGCAUCUUUUAGAACUUUGACUGGUAUUUCUGUCCAGUUAGACAGUCCGAAACAACAAUAUUCUAG